CGCACAAAUGGCAAAUGGCGGGGCAGCGCAUUCGGGGCGGGAGCUUGGCCGACAGCGCGGGCGGUGCGGGGCACACGAUCCCUUCUCCAACAGCCCCGGCGAGUCUAGAUGUCACAAUUGGGUCGACUUAUACGCGGUCGCGGGGUUCUUGUGUCCACCAGUCUUAAGAUGAGUGUAUAUAAUAAUAUCAGGCUGUCCUCUCAACCGAAUUGACCGUUUACUUCGUUUCUGUAACAGUAAUCCUUUACCUGACGGACUGAGCGUGAUUACCGUGAGAAGAAGCAGCAGAUUGCACAGGUCAGGCUACACAGUCACCAUGUCACGGCCACUAGAAGGAAAGCUCGCCAUCGUAACCGGCGGAUCGCGGGGCAUCGGCGCCGCCAUCGCCGAGAACCUCGCCUCCAAGGGCUGCGACCUCGUGCUCAACUACACCUCGUCCUCGUCGACCGAGCCGGCCGCCGCCUUGGCCGCGCAGCUCUCCUCCGCCCACAACAUCCGCGCGGUGCCGGUCCAAGCAGACGUCGGCACGACCACGGGCCCGGCGGCGCUGAUCGCCGCGGCGCGCGAGCGCUUCACCGACCCCGCGACGGGCCGCUUCCAGAUCGACAUCAUCAUCAACAACGCGGGCAUCGCGCGCAACGCGCUGCUGCCGGCGGUGACGGUCGAGGACUUCGAGGCGACGUACCGCGUCAACGUGCUCGGCCCGCUGCUGCUCGUGCAGGCGGCGCAGCCGUUCCUGCCGACGGACCGGUCCGGGCGCAUCGUCAACAUCAGCUCCGUCUCGUCCUCGACCGGCUUCGUCACCCAGUCGGUCUACGGCGGCACCAAGGCCGCGCUCGAGGCCAUGACCCGCACCUGGGCCCGCGAGCUGGCCGAGAACGCCACCGUCAACGCGGUCAACCCGGGCCCCGUCGAGGGCCCCAUGUACGCGUCCAACACGCCCGAGUUCCUGGAGGGCAUCCACGGGUGGGUGCUGCACACGCCGCUGAUGCGGGCGCGCGAGGGCGUGGACAGUGCCGAGGUGGUGAAGGAGGCUCAGAAGAGCGGCGGCCGGCCGGCGUACACGGCCGAGGUGGCGGGCAUCGUGGGCAUGCUGUGCGGUCCCGAGGCCGGGUGGUGCACGGGGCAGGUGGUGUGCGCGAACGGCGGCAUGGUGAUGCUGCAUUGAGGUCGGCCAAGGGGCAGAGAUGGCCUACGGGGUCAAGCAGCCGUGGGAUAGAAUGGGAUCUGUAUUUACCGUUUAGGACUUUUGACAAGAGAGUGGGAGCAAUGUAUCAGUUUGUCGAUCUGCAGUUCUCUGCUGAAUUUACUUUCUCCCAGGCUGAUGGACGCCAUUGGGGAAGAAGUUUUGCUUGGGUGGUGAACAGGUAAAGAAGCCUCCAUAGCCUGGGCCCAUUAUCCCUCCACC